GAGGUCAUAUGUUCAAACAACCUUCACUUUUGACGUCCUGUCUCUACACUAUCGAAGGUAUGGAUGAGCCGCUUCCAAAUCUGCCUUCCGCUUCUGCUGCGGGAUUCUCUGGAAGAAGUUAUGAGCGGUUAAAGGCUCUGACGAAGCGCCGACGAGGCCGAAACGUUAGCCGAAUAAACGAUUCAACAAUCUUGCCCGAUGCGGCACUUCACUCUUUAUGGACGCCGCAAGAUUUAACACCUUUGCCGUUAUCCGGUAAACUGCUUUUGACGAUCAAGUCUGCAACAGAAAUGAAGCGACUGGAUGUCAUCAAAAUUAUGAGGGAACUGCAUCUGAUGCGUUUGGAAUUGGAAAGUGCAUUGGAUUCAUCAGAUGAUGUGCUGCUGUCCAGGCAUGGCAGCGUCAGAGGUCGCAAGAUGCAUGUUUACAAUACGAUUCGUAUGAUGCGCAUGAGGAGCCAAUGGAAAAGAGACUAUAUUCAAGAAGAAGCCAACAAGAUCGUUGUUUACAUCACAAGCUGUGGAGUAGUACACAGUGUUUUCGACAAAUGCAAAGAAACGAUCAACCUGUUGAGAGCUCUAAGAAUCAAGGCGGAGUUUCGAGAUCUUUACUUAGACCCCACUUUCGCAGACGAGCUGGUAGACCGAAUGGGCUUGUCUCCGGCUGACAAAGAGCUUGUCUACGAUAGCUUGCCAGUAGUUUAUGUUAAUGGCAGGUAUUUCGGGAAUGACGUCACGUUGUUCCUAGAAAAUGAAAAUAAUAAUCUCGUGGACAUACUACGCGAUUUCCAGGGACGUAAUGACUGCAGCAUGUGUAAUGGCUCUGGAUUCGUAGUCUGUUCGUAUUGUCGGGGAGGAAAGAAGGUUCGCGAAACGUUUCGCGUGCGACUGCGAUGCUCUCACUGCGAUCGAAACGGCAUAGCACCUUGCCCUCGAUGUGCUCCCUGUAGAUCAUGAUAUUUGCCCUAUUUCGAUGAUUACUUCCAAGAAAUAGUUCUUUCCUCAAAGUAUUAUUCUUACCCUCUCAAGUUCCGCUAUUGCUCAAAAUGUAUUUAUUUGGUACAAGUCAUAGGUACGCGUCAUAUCUGUUCCACGUUCCACUUACUCCACUUUGCUAAUGGUCAAAACUUGUGACUUGACCAAUAGCGAAGCGGAUAUCCACUUUAUUG